ACAACCCACAAGCUAGCCUCCCAUAUUUGACAUAAGGCAAACAUGUCCUGUCCAACAAUUGGUGCCACCGCCCACAUAAGCAACGGUGUCACUUCAGUUGACUGCCAGAAACAAGUCCGUUCAUGGCGGCUUCUUCGUUCCCUCAUGGAACUCCUCAUUCCAAGCUGCAACCGCACCUUCGUCGAAGACCAUGAGAUCAAACAUGAAAAUUACCUUCACAGCUAUUAUCCACAACCUGUCUGUACUCCUAGUGUAAUUACAGGUACCAUCUUUGGUUAUCGCAGGGGAAAAGUGAGCUUUUGUAUUCAAGCAAACUCAAAGUCCACCAACCCAAUUCUCCUCCUUGAGUUUGCAGUCCCAACAGCGGUUCUGGCUAGAGAAAUGCAAGGUGGUAUCCUCCGGAUUGCGCUGGAGUGUACCAGUUCAGGGAAUGAUAGAGACUCAGUUUUGUCCAUGCCAGUGUGGACUAUGUAUUGUAAUGGAAGGAAAGUUGGGUAUGCAUUUAAGCGCAGGCCAUCGAAAGCUGAUAUGGAUGCUUUAAGGCUAAUGGGUUCAGUUGUUGUCGGUGCUGGAAUGAUUAGUGGAAAGGAACUCGAUCAUGACGAUGAACUUAUGUACCUGAGGGCUAACUUUGAUAGAGUUCGUGGUUCAUCUCAUUCUGAAUCAUUCCAUUUGAUUGAUCCGGAUGGAAACAUUGGUCAGGAGCUUAGUAUUUUCUUUUUCCGGUCAAGGCCAUGACCUUGAUUCUGGUUUUUCCCCAGAUACUUUUUGAUUUCAAGUCUGGUGGGUGGUUGCACUGUAACCAGUUUUUAGCCCGUCCCCUUCUUUUUGAGCUGUGCUGAUCAUUAGCAUAGCUUUAACAGCCUUUGUAUUUGAGAAAAAUCUAUGUUUUGGGGGGCAGUGACAAUACCAUCUGUACGGCCUGUUUAAGGGAAACUAGAUUUCUGUAACUAUAACAAAAGUGGA